ACGUCACUUAUGUUUCAAUGUUCGUUGAUGAAACGUUUUCGUAUACGAUUUACGAUUGAAUUGUAUGAGUAAGAAAAAUAUUGAAAUAAGUAAUUAAAAAUGUCGCUYUGCUUUCGUACCAUUUCAAAUAAACUUACAUCGUUUGUAAAUACGAGAAAACAAGUUACGACCAUCGAUUGUCGGUUGCCAAAAAACAUAAAAUCCUCUUCAUUUUUGAAUGAGUUUAUGGGACCUCAGACUUCGGUGGAUACAAAAACAAAAUUAACAGAUAGUGAUUUCGAUAUUUACGCAGAUGUCUAUUCAUUCUAUCAAAAAUCGGAAAAAGAAUUGAUUAAGACACAGCAGAGCUGUACUAAUCACAGUAGGUUCUUAAAUACGGAACCAGUUUUAAAUAAUUUGUUGCUAUAUAACGUUAGUAUAGAUUGUAAAAAGACGGAAAAUGAAUCUUCACCAAGAGAUAUCUUCUAUAUCGUAAAUAAUAAUAGAUUGUUUUCUAAUAAACAAAUGUUGAGUACUACUGUGGAUAAUCAUUUGAAGCAAAAUACUAUUUUACUCACAAAUGGUGGAAUCAUUAACGGACAAGAAGUUAAUGAUAAACAAUCGGUUCAAAACGGGGAGGGUAGACCAUCCAAAGAACAAUUAGAACAUGUAUUUACUUGUCUCAGAAAUGACUUACCAAAUUUCUUCGUUAAAACAUUAGAUUACACAAUAUAUUCGCAAAAUUUAAUAUUCAUUAUUAAUAUUAAAGGAUUAGAAACGAAGGGUAUUUAUAAUUACAUGAAACAAAUAACUAUUAUAAGAACAAUUGGUCAUAUAAAAUUUGCAUACAUAAAAUUAGAUGUAUUAAAAAUAACUAUUAAUCCGGAAGAUGAUACAAUAAAAGUACGUUGGCGAAUAAGCGGUAUUACAAGACUUAGAGCACUUUUUACAUUAUGGAAAUUAAAAUUUUGGAGAAUAAAGGAAGCUUUAAAUGAUGCAGAAGUAUGGUACGAUGGAUUUUCUACAUAUCAUGUAGGUGCCGAUGGUAAGAUAUAUAAGCAUGUAAUGGACAAAUUGAUGCCUGAUCAAAGUAAACUUUAUGAAAAAGAAAAACCAGAAGUUGCUACAAAACUUGCACUGUUCAUAGGAUUAAAAAAUCUGCAAACGCAAAAUAGUUGAAAUGAAUUUAUUACAAUAUUGAAACCAUGUGCUCAUUGUAAAAUGACGAGAUAACUAAAAGGUUACACAAGUAGCGAAAUAAACACAAUUUAUGUAGAUUAAUACAAUCUUAUCAACGCUUGUUAAGCGCUGUAAUUUUUCACAGCGCAUCCUUGUAAUAAUGAAAUAGAUUGCAUAGAUUUUUGAAAUUUCGUUUAAUUUUAAAUAAUAUGUAAAUAAUUUGGACUUAA